GCAAACGAGAAGUGAAUAUCGAAUCAGCUUAAGAAAUUCUUAAAAGUGUCUGCUACAAUUAAAAUAUGAGACUUCAACUCUACACUGCCCUCGUCGUCGCCUUGGCAACUUUGGCCUGCGUCAGUGCAGCGCCAGGACGUUGGCCGAAUCCACCAACAGUUCGACCACAACCACCACCACGUCCAAUACGUGUGAGUCGCCAUGUGGCUACGGGCGGCACUAUUACCAGCAAUCCAAAUGGUGGACAAGAUGUUAAGUUGGAGGCUGGCAAGGUCAUUGGCGCACCGAAUGCCAAUGUAUAUGGUACUGUGGGCGCAGCUGGUAAUACGAAAGGCGGACCGGUCACCACGAGCGGCACAGUGGGCGCAAAUCUCAUGGGUCUGGGCGCUUCCGUAACUUAAGAACAUACGCCCGGCUUUAGUGAUGCUUUAACUAAGAAAGCUACCGCUAAUGUUUUAAUAAACGAUAAUAAUCAAUUGGGCGGUGCAAUCUUCCAGACGGAUACUAAAUUGGCGAAUGGUUUUGAGUUUCAGAAAAAAGGUGGUUCGUUGACUUUCGAGAAUGCCGGCGGUCAUGGUUUAUCCAUAGCCAAAGAGACUAUACCCGGUUUUAGUGACACACUCACUAAGUCAGCACAUGCGACUCUCUUCAACAACGGCGUACAGAGUGUGGGCGCUAACGUAUUUGAUACGAAGAAAUCCUUCGAAUUGGGUCCGAAAUUCCAUGAAACUGGUGGUGGGCUCAAUUGGGCGCAUACGGAUGGUUUUGGCGCUAACGUUGGCCUGUCAAAGGUGCAUGAUUUCGGUUCGAAGCUUAAUCUCGGCGCUUCGUCUAAUCUCUUUAAGUCGGGCGAUGGUCAGACGUCUUUGGACUUGAACGCCGGCGGGUCGCGUUGGCUGAGUGGUCCAUUAAGUGGUAGAAAUGAGUUUAAUACUGGUUUAGGGUUGACGCACUCUUUUCCUAAUUGGGGGUGAGAGACUGUGGAUAAGCUCUAAAAUCUUCUUAGUCUUCUCAAGGACAAGAAAUAAGUAUUUGCUUUCGGUAC